UUCUGUUGAUGACGCACGGACAGGGAUAACAACUAAAAUAAAAACACAGCUAGCUAAUCAACUUGAAUUAUCAAAGAAUGUCUCAAAUACAGUUGUUGAGGGUUUUUCUGAACGAUAGAUUAACAGCUGCUGCUGAGGAGAUAUUCGGGGUCGUUGAAAAAACGGUAGCAGAGUAUCAGGAGGAAGUUGUCCGUCUACAGAGGCUGCUCGACAUUGUUCUUCAACCUGAGAUAAACCUACACAGAGCAGACCUCCAGCAGCGUACUCUUUCUUUCUCUGAAGAGGAGGUUACCCCUGAGCAACAGCAGUGUGAGCAGGAGUGGAGCCCCAGUCUGGGACAAGAGGACCCAGAGCCCAUACAGAUUAAAGAAGAGCAGGAGGAACUCAGGACCAGUCAGGAGGAACAGCAGCUUAAAGGGCUUGAGGCAGAGACCAUAGAAUUCAUAUUCAAUCCUGUCUGUGUGAAAAGUGAUCGUGAUGAAGACCCAACUCAGCCCUCACAUCUCUAUCAAGCCCAAAAGGAAGGCAACGGAGAGAGAGACACUCUACCCAGUACUAAAACUGAAAAGAUCAAAACAGAACCUGAUGGAGACAUCUAUGUAGAAUCAGAACCAACUAGUCUCUCUCAGCCUUUCUCUACAGUAAAUUCAGACUGUUCUGCAGCUCAGAGUGAAAACAGUCAAAGUGUCAGUGGUAUGGAGACUGGAGGACCUCCUUCAGGUUUUAACCCAGUCAAAUCAAAGAGAACAAAGAUGCUGAAAGGACAAAGCUCCUGUGUCAAGAAAUCUACACAGUUGUCUCUCCUGAAAUCUCCCAGUCAAAGUCAUGAUACUCCCUGUUGUUGUAAGGUGUGUGACAAGUCUUUUCAUCACAUGGGUUCAUUACUUAAACAUGUGAAAACUCAUAGAAAGGAUAAAGAAGGUAUUUGUGGUGUGUGUGGAAAAUGUAUGGAGUUCACAGAAAGUAUGAAAGAUCACCUCCAAACCCACAUUGCAGCUAGAUUUUGUUGUGAUGUUUGUAGUAAAUGGUUCAGCACAAAUAGUAAGCUGACAGUGCACAUGAGGAGCCACACAGGGGAGAAACCUUUUUCCUGCCCUGUUUGUGGUACAUGCUUCAUGCAGAAUGGAGGUCUGAAAAUACACAUGAGAAUCCACACAGGGGAGAAGCCAUAUCGUUGUUAUUGUUGUGGACAAGGAUUCAGCACUGGCAGUGCUAUGAAAAGGCACAUUAGGAUUCACACAGGGGAGAAGCCAUUUUGUUGCCCUGAUUGUGGCAAAUCAUUCACUCGUAAGGGACAUCUAAAAAUACACAUGAUGACCCACACAGGGGAGAAACCACAUAGCUGUCCUGAUUGUGGCAAAGGUUUCAGCAUUGCCAGUAAUCUGUCAGUGCAUAUGAGGAGGAUUCACACAGGAGAGAAAAGUCAAAGGAUUCAGCAGUGGCACCAAUCUGAAAGUGCACACGAGGACUCACAGGGGAGAGACCAUACUGAUGUCCCUAUAGUAGAAGAUUAAUUUUCCAAUCGGGUACAUUGAAUAGCAAUAGGCACCAUCUAUGGCCACCAGACUAUAUCCAGCUGAUCUGUCAUUAAACCAUCAAUAUGCAUUCAAAUCACCCGCACAGCUGAUCUCAAUUGCAACCAUCGUUGGCCACCGAUUUACCGCUCCUGUCGAGCUUAUCUUUUAGUCCUGAUUGCAACCAACAUUUUUCAAGAUGAUUUUGCCCAAUGGUGGGUAUUAUCAUCGUAACAAUAUAAUCCUGCAAUUUUAAAUUGACUAAGGGCCAUUUAUCUAUUUGACUAUCCGUACAACUGAUUUCCUCGUUUACCAAGGCAAAUAUACAAUGCAAUGUAGCUUACCCUACACAUUUUAUGAAUUGAAAAAUUAUGGUGUAGGAGUAUUUAUUUGUUUCCAAUUGAUGUAAUCAAUUAAUGGUUUUACUUGUCUUAAUAGAAUAUGACUAUUUCUGACUAAGCGGGGGAAAAUGUAUACUCCUUAAAGGGGACGUUUUUUACAACCAAAUCUCUAUUUUGGUGUAAAUGGCAUGUUAUGAAAAUUAUUGCAACCAAUAGAAUGUUACUCAUUCAAAGGUUUUUCUUUAUUUUUUACUAUUUUCCACAUUGUAGAAUAAUAGUGAAGACAUCAACUAUGAAAUGGCACAUAUUGAAUCAUGUAGUUACCAAAAAAGUGUAAAAAAAUCAAAAUAUAUUUUAGAUUCAUCAAAGUAGCCACCCUUUGCCUUGAUGACAGCUUUGCACACUCUUUUCAUUCUCUCAACCAGCUUCAUGAGGAAUGCUUUUCCAACAGUCUUGAAGGAGUUCCCACAUGCUGGCUGCUUUUCCUUCGCUCUGCGGUCCAACUCAUCCCAAACCAUCUCAAGUUGAUGUUGAGAUGUGUCUCUUACUUGAACGUGAAACAUUUAUUUGGGCUGCCAUUUCUGAGGCUGGUAACUCUUAACUGAUUUUCUGCAGCAGAGGUAACUCUGGGUCUUCCUUUCCUGUGGCGGUCCUCAUGAGAGCCAGUUUCAUCAUAGUGCUUGAUGGUUUUUGCGACUGCACUUGAAGAACCGUUCAAAGUUCUUGACAUUUUCCGGAUUGACUGACCUUCAUGUCUAAAAUGAAUGAUGGACAGUCGUUUCUCGUUGCUUAUUUGAGCUGUUCUUGUCAUAAUAUGGACUUGGUCUUUUACCAAAUAGGGCUUUCUUCUGUAUACCAACCCUACCUUGUCACAACACAAUUGAUUGGCUCAACUGGGGCGGCAGGGUAGCCUAGUGGUUAGAGUGUUGGACUAGUAACCGAAAGGUUGCAAGUUCUUACCCCCGAGUCGUUCUGCUCCUGAACAGGCAGUUUUCCCACUGUUCCUAGGCCAUCAUUGAAAAUAAGAAUUUGUUCUUAACUGACUUGCCUAGUUAAAUAAAGGUAAAAUAAUAAAACUGUUUCCACAAAUUAACUUUUAACAAGGCACACCUGUUAAUUGAAAUGCAUUCCAGGUGACUACCUCAUGACGCUGGUUUAGGGAAUGGCAAGAGUGUGCAAAGCUGUCAAGGCAAAGAGUGGCUACUUUGAAGAAUCUCAAAUGGUUUGGUUACUACAUGAUUCCAUAUGUGUUAUUGCAUAGUCUUGAUGUCUGCACUGUUAUUCUACAAUGUAAACAAAAACAAUGUAAACAAAAACCCUGGAAUGAGCAGGGGUGUCCAAACUUUUGACUGGUACUGUAUAUGGGGCAUACAACCAUCCCAGUACUGCAGAUUUUGCUGCGAAGAGACAGAAUAAUUUGAUCACUUGUUUUGGUACUGCACAUAUGUAUAUAGCUUGUUUUUGCUCGCAGGUUCAGGAAUGGCUAAAGCAUUGCAACAUUUACCUGGAGCUAACUGCAAAAACCACUGUUGGUUGACUUGAAAAGCCAUAGUCAAUUGAUCAGUAAUAUAGUAGUACUUUUAGUAAAAAUAUUCAUCUUUAAUAUACAAUCUGUAGAAAUUAUGAGAAUAGAAAGGUACGGAACUGUUGUGAAACAUUACAGCACAAUUGAAAAAAUAUGGCAAUUAGAAAUGAAAACUGUAUGGUUUUCAGAUAUUGAUAGGAGGGGUUGAGGGUAACUGAAGGGUGGGGCUAAAAACGAACAAAAAAAGAUACCUAAUGUCAAAUAUACCGUGUCAUAAAAUGUAUAUAGUAUGUAUAAGCUGUAAGUAGAAGCCUAAGUAUUGUAGUCAAUUAUUUUACUCCAAUUAGGGGAGGGGUGGUAGAAUUAGGGUAAAAUAAUAAAGGCAAAAAUAUAUAUAUAUGGGAUUGGAAAUUAUGCAAUUACAUUGAUAGAAUCCACAAUCUAUCUGCAGUAUUAAAGCUGAUCUACCCCCUUAAAAAAAGAAAUCAGAUUUAAUCAACAAAUACAAUAGUCAGUUUAAAAUAGGUUAAGGGUAUAAGACUGUACAUAUGUCUGUUGGUAAAAUCACUACAUAUCUCAUCGAGCCAAGCAGGGAGAGGCUGCCCGUUGUCACCUUUCCAAGACCAGUCAGAAAUGUCAAAGUUACCCUACGCUAAUGACGCAGGUGGAUCUCAAAACUGAACUUGUAUCCGUGGUGUCUUUCUUUCAUGAUUAUAUAACUAGCAAAGGAGUUUUAAAGUUGGGGGUGAAGUAUUUUUGGAGUUUUGCAAUGAGGACAUAAACAAGCAUUGUUCAGCUAGUUUAGCCGGGUAAAACAAGCUCGGGACAGGAUCUAGCUAUGCGCACUAGGCUAAUUCAGGAGACCGAUUUGUAGUUUGUAUGCUCUAUCAGGAAGGAGCUGGCUGUGGAAAGUUUGAUUAAACAAUUCAGAGACAAACGAAUAUGUCAGAUUACAAAUAUUUAAGGAGAGCGAAUUGAUAUACAAUCCUGAAAUCAGCUGUAGUUGUCAAUAGUAUAACAACGCUUAAAACUAUGUUUGAGUGAACCCUGAAUCCAGAAAUGAAUGAUGGAGUCUUCCGGACACGGUACACGACGACUCCUCACCACGCUAUUUUAAGACACUUUAUGUUGGUGUUUCCUUUAUUUUGGCUGUUACCUGUACGUCCUCCCUUUUGUACAUAAAACAUGUUUUACGUGUAGAUGUAAUGUGGAACAUUUUUACAUCGACAAGACAUCUGUUUUGAUGUUGCUAAAGGGAAAUUACAUGGUAACGGAAUUAUGCUGAGACACUUUUAAAAUGUAUACCAAACAAAAACCAUUGAUUUCAAAGUUUAACAAACCAUUUUCUAUGCACAAUGACUACUUUUAACAAUCUCCGCAAAGUUUAACAAAAACACAUUUACAGGAAGAACUGUGCCGGUAACAAAGUUUGAUAACAAUUCACCUGAGGGAGAUUUUACCUUAAUGUGUUACCAAACUUUGCACAGUUUGUACAGUAAAUUAUAUAUUUUAAAUUGUUCAAAUGAGUCGUUGUGCAUAGAGUUGUACUGUUUGUUAAAAUGUUUGUUUGGCAUACAUUUUAAAGUGAAAUUCAGUCUCAGCGUAAUUCCGUUUCCAUGGAAUUGUCCUACAGUAGUUUUCACAAUAUCAGUUACUCUGUGCUUAUGUUUCCAGUUUCCACAGGAUCUGAACAAUUCCUAUCGUGUUUGUUGUUACCUCUGAGCUUGAUGCCAAUAUACACUCUGAGGAAUUCUUUUUUUUUUUAUCUAUCAAGUGUUCCCAUUCAUAUAAAUGAACCUUCUGAAACAUGUUUGUUUAAUCUAGGAAUGUAUAUAUUUAAUCUGCCUUUGUAUAACAGAAUAAAUGUUGAUAACGCA